GGAUGCCAGGCACAGAGAAAGGCUAGAGGCUCAGCGAUAUGGGAUCAGUAGAAGUUAGCGAUUCAUUUGGUUUUGAAAUUUAUUUUCACGGUAGUACAGAAUUGGGCAGAUCAUUAUUUAUCGUACAUUGCAGCACAGUAGGUGGCGGCAUGCGCGAAAACGAUUGUUUGCGGACCGCUAUGAUAUAAUAGAAGCAGAAGAAGAAGAAGGCCAUAACAGCGUUGGCUGCUUCUGUACUGCUCCGCAUUUGAGCUAUCUGAAAAACAUGAAUUUAUCGAGACGAAUUGGUCAAAUUGAAAAAGACGGAGAAAAGCAAGCAUAUUUUGUCUCUUGAGAAAUUGGAGGGACACAAAAGUUGGUAGUAACAGAUCCCCCCCCCCUCCUCUGAAUCCAGGAAAAUGUUUUGCCCUGGGAAAGAAAACCGAUUGACUGAACAAAGGAAUGUCUCUGCCUCCCAUGUGGGAAAACUCCGCAAUAAGUUAAAAGCCAUCUUGAAGAAAAAGUACCAACGUCCACCAGGGGGAGAAACUGAGCAUCCAUUUUAUAUACAUUGUGAUCUCCACUAUCCACCUGGUGAAAGUAGCAAGGAGAACCAACAUGAGUACAUUCUAUCUGAGCCAGGCUACAGGAGAAGACAUCAAGGAACAUGUUCAUUCCGAAACUCAGAAGUCGAUGAGCCUAUCAGAACAGCUCUGACAAAGGGCGUCUCUGGUAUUGGCAAAACUAGCCAGGUGCGGAUGAUGAUUCUUAACUGGGCAGAGGGAAAAGGAAACCAGGAAGUUCAACUAAUAUUUCCCCUUCCUUUCCGAGAGCUGAAUUUGCUGAAGGAGAGACUGAGUCUGAUUGAACUUCUUUACGAGUUUUUCCCAGAAUUGAAAGAACCUGGAAUUUGCAACUUGGAGAACUGCAGAGUUGGGUUCUUCUUUGACGGGCUGGAUGAAUUCCGUCGUCCUCUCGACUUCAAGAACAGCCUGAUUGUGACCAAUGUCACCGAGGUUUCCUCUGUGCCGACACUGCUGACAAACCUCAUUAACGGUAAUCUCCUUCCCUCCGCCGCUCACAUAUGGAUUACAUCCAGACCUGCGGCAGUCAGUCGCAUCCCUCUUCAGUACAUUGACAGAGUGUCAGAAAUCGAAGGCUUCACCGACUCCCAGAAAGAGGAGUUCUUCAGGAGAGCAAUCAAUGACGAGAACCAGGCCAAAGCAGUUAUCACCUACUUGAAGAACUCGAAGGGCCUCUACAACUUGUGCCAGAUACCUUUUAUCUGUUCAAUCUCAGCGUCAAUCCUCGAGAAACAGACAUAUGUACCCGACAAAACAUGCGAACCUGUCGCACUAACUCCAUUAUUUAACGACCUACUCAUCCUGUUACAAAUGGCGAACCACAAUGUAAAGAUAGUUAACGAAUUGGGGGAACUAGCCUUGAAGCAGUUGGUGAAAGGCAACACGGUUUUCUACGAGGAAGACCUACGAGAGUGCAACAUUGAUGCCCGAGUGGCAGCUGUGUACGCAAAAGGGAACAUACCCAUCUUCAGGGAGGAUAUUGGGCUGCACCAACAGAAGAUCUACUACUUUGGGCAUACCACCAUUCAGGAGUUCUUUGGCGCAUUGCGGUUUCUUCAGUCUGUUGACGUCCAAGACGAAAACCGGGCUGUCAACCAGAAAACCCAGUUCGAGAGAACUCUCUGUUUUUUUAGAGAUGCCACCCAACUCAAGAGCGCGGUGGACAUGACUUUGCGGAGCAAGACCGGACACAUGGACCUCUUCCUUCGCUUCCUCCUCGGCAUUGCGCAGAACUUUAACCAGAUGUUCUCCGAGGCUGGCUUCACCUCGUCUACUACCCUUCCGGAAAUGUUAGUGUACAUCAAGGAGAAGGUCUUGGAGAAUCCCGCUUCGCCGAGGACCCUCAACCUGCUGAACUGCCUGAGGGAACUGAAAGACUACUCUCUAGACAACGAUAGUGUGCACUUUCUCAAGACGGGAAUCCCCCCAGAUGCCAAAUAUCCACCUUCACAUUGGUCCGACCUGGCCACUCUCUUAGUAGCAUCGGAGUCUGGGCCGAUAGACAUGCUUGGGUUGGAAGUAGAGAACAGAGGAGACGAGGAACUUCUGAGGAUGCUGCCAGUGAUCAAAGCUUCCCAGACAGCCACACUGUCUUAUCACAACCUGACUGAGAAAUCCUGUGAAUGUCUGGGCUCGGCGCUUACCUCAAAGGUGUCCAAUCUGAAAACUCUGGACCUGAGUUUCAACACGCUGAAGGACUCAGGAGUGCAGCUGUUGGCGGCCGGCCUGGCCAAGCCACAUUGCCGACUGGAGAGACUGAAACUGUCCGGCUGCAGGGUGAAACAGAAUGGCUUUGCAGCUCUGGCCAAAGCUCUCAAAUCCAACCCGUCGCACCUGCGAGAGCUGGAUCUGAGUGGCAACGAACCGGAAGAAUCGGGGGUGUUUCAUCUCGUUGACGGACUAAAGGUUGUUAAGUGCGAACUGCAGAUCCUGAAGCUCUCAAACUGCAAGCUGGGCCUGGAGCUGAGUCGCGCUCUGGCGGUGUUGCUGAUAGACAACCCCAGACACCUGCGAGAGCUGGACGUCAGCAUGAACGACCUGGGAGACCGGGGGGUGAAGCUGCUCAUGGACAUACUGAAGUCAACCCAGAUAUACAAACUGGAGUUGUACUGUUGUCAGCUCACUGAGAAAUGCUGUGAGAACAUGUUUGGAUGUCUGCUGAACAUCCCCAGUCUGAGGGAGCUCAACCUGAGCAACAACAACCUGAAGGACGAGGGGGUCAAGAUGCUUUGCAACGCCUUCGGACUGCCCGCCUGUCAACUGGAGAAACUCAAUCUGGCGAGCUGUGGCUUCACGUCUGGAGACUGUUGUUGGCUGGCUGGAGGGUUCAGUUUCAGCCCCACCUUCCUCAAACAGCUGGAUAUCAGCAGGAACCACCUGGGCCACUCAGAUGUCGCGUUUUUCCUGUUCCUCAAAACUAUACGCUUUUCACUGGAGACCCUACGACUGAGUGACUGUAAGAUGACAGAGCUAUGCUGUCCAGAGCUGGUCGAAGCUCUCCGCUCCAGUCUCACCAACCUGAAAGAACUGGAUCUAUCUGGAAACGAACUGGGAGACAUCGGUGUAAAAACACUCUGCAUGGGACUGACCUCAACAACCUGUAAGCUGGAGAGACUGUUUCUGAGAUGCUGUGGGAUCACAGUAAAGGGCUGCUCCUCCCUAGCCGUAGCCCUGAAGUCCAGCUGCUCCAAAAUCACAGAACUAGGCCUGAUGGGAAACGACACGGGAGAAGAAGGACUGAGAAUUCUCUCCGGCAUCAGGGAUGACCCACGCUACAAACUACAGACUCUAGAAAUAAACGAUUGAGAGUGGCCUUGCUCGCUGGAUGGAGGUGGUUCUUGGCUCGACCUCUUCCCAAAUCUGGAGUUACUGAACAAGGAACACUCUGGAGUGAAGAUACGAAACGAUUGGCUGAUAAGUCUCGACACACUAGCUCAACACUAAGCACUUGACGUGCUUUGGAUCAACAGGACUGGUUCACUGACUGUUGACCAUUUUUAAAGUGCCUUUCAGUAUCCUGGCUGCUCAUACUUGAACAGAAGCCCAAAGAGUAUUUACCUAGAACCAGAUAGUGAGGCUGAAAUGACACACACACACUGUUACUAACUCCGUUCCUCUGGUCUUGCUACAGUAUCAACUCAUUUAACCUUUGCAGAAGCCUUACAGUAUGUUUUGCACAUCAGUAUGUACACUAGUAUGUAUAGCCUUUGUAACAGGCGCCUCUGCUCCUCAGACGCACAUGACCGGCCUCUUGACAACGUCUUAGCCAACUACGGUAGAGAAAAGCUAUCAGUUUGGUGGAGUGAGGUUACGUUAUAGCGUCUCUGAGGGAGAAGGAUGAUGCAACGUUUUAUUUUUAACACUGGUACAGUCCCUUGGUAGCACAGUCUUUUUGUUUUUCAAUUUUUAUUUGAUAGUGCUUUUUCUUAAUUAAGAUCGGAAAUUAAGAUCGGAAAAUGUUUACAGUAGUACAACUCUUGGUUUAUUUAUUAUUGUUGCGUACAAUGUACAUUUUACCCAAAUAUACCUAGCUACUUCUAUUGGUCAUGAUGGUUUUAAAAAAAAAAAAAGGUACUAAUGGGAGGUUUAACUUCAGAAGCUUUCCAACUUUGGUCAUAUGUUUCAGGUCUGGUCUCCAGAUCUGUUUGCGCCUACUGCAACAGUCUGGUUGACGCAGUAUUUCACGUUAAACAAGUGCCUUUAGAGUAGUGUGAUUGUGAGGGACACAGUUCUCUACUAUUUGUCUCCUCUGCUGGUAUGUACAGUAUGUCUGUUUGAGUGUGCUCGUAUGUGUGUUCUGUUAGUGUGUUUGUGUGUACAUGUAUACAAUCAUGUCUCAUGUUCAAAUUGUUACAAUGUUACACAUUGAUGGUUUGGGCUGAUACUCUGAUUGUUAUGGUACAUCACCACCACCUAGUGGCGAAGGGGGUUAAACUAAUGACGUAUGUGAAGCCAAUAGCGCCAGAACCCACUACUGGGUCCCUAAUAAUAAACCAGACAGCAUCUUUUGCUACACGAUCACUGACCGAAUUAUUGAGAGCGCAUCUACACAAACCCAGGUAUGAUACCAUUUUAGCUAACAACAAGUAAAAGUAUUAACCAACCAUGGUCUGCAUUUUUAAACGUGUGCUGUGAAAGGAUGGUCGGACGAGGUAGGUGUAACGCUGGAUGUCAUGGUGUUAUGCAAGGCAGUCAGUUUGGAUGUAUUGCACACUGUCUCCAUGUGGAAAUUACAAUAACAACUCGGCUGACACUAUUAGCAAAACAAUAAGGGGUUGCUCUCGGAAGGUAAUAUGGCGCAGUGUAAUACCUCGGGUAUCGGUAUGAACCGGCGCUGUAGCCUAUGUGUUUGGAUAAGUAGUUACCAAGCCAGCAAGAUGCACGAUAGUGGCGUCAAUAUUCGCAAAACUAAGCCAGCAGUCCUUUAAUAGCCCACCUAUUGCUGUCCCGUAAUGUCUUUCAUUGCUUCGUAGGAGCUAAUAAACAUGUUAUAUGAUGGCCACAAUACCAUUAUUUUUGUCAAGUUUUUGUAACUACACAAUAUAAAUGUUCCUUAUGCGUUUACAUGGUAUUUCUUUGAUAUCUUGUUAAUAGCCAUGUUAUGUAAUAAAUCAAACUUUGUUUUAGUGUAAAUUGUAGCAGGUGUUUAGGGGAGUAAAUGACGAUGGAGGGGUUACCUAGGUAAAAUUGGGAGUCGUUGCAAAUGGCACCUUAUUCCCUAUAGGCUAUAGUGUACUAUUCCCUGUAUAGAGAGCCCAGUGCACUAAAUAUGGAACAGGGUGCCAUUUGGAAUGUAACCUGGGUGUAUAUUGAUUGGUUGACUGGCCCAUUGUUUCUGUGACUGCCUCUUGAAAUAUUAAACGUCCCAAAUACUGUUUGCACCCAA